AUGAAGCCUAGAACAGCAACCACCGAGAUCGGCCGCCGCCGCAGGCUCAUUGCCGCGUCGACGGUCCUCUUCUUUGCCGCCUCGGCCUCGGCCGCCGAUGCUACCACGCCGACCACCACGGGCGGCGACGGCACCGCCACCGGCACCUCCACGACCUCGGCCGGCACCAUCAACGUCACCGGCACCACCGUGCCCCAGCUCGUCACCGAAUCCGAGCCCUGCGCCCUCUUGUGCUACAACGCCGCCUGCCUCGACUCCGGCUGCUCGCCCGGCGACUUUGCCUGCGUCUGCGGCAACCCCCACUCGCUCGUCGUCAAGAUGGGCCUCUGCGUCGGCAAGGACUGCGACGACGCGCGCCAGUUCGACUCGGGCCAGUGGAUCGCCGACCUCUGCAGCGCGAUCGACAAGCAGGACCAGCCCAGCAGCGUGCGCGCGGCCGACCUGGCGAGCGCGUCGUCGGUCAUUGUGGCCGAGAUCUCGUCCGCGGCGGCCACGGCGACCAACAACCCGGUGCCCUCGACGGGGACGAUUUCCAACGGCGACAGCGGCGAGACGGCGGCGGCGGGAGCAUCGGGCACGGCGUCGGCGGCGGCGGGGCGGCCGCGGCUGCUGCACAUUGGUGCCGGCGGCCUUUUGGGGCUGACGUCGGUUGCAGUUGGUCUGGUGGGCGGCGCGGCCGUCCUUGCGGCGGCGGUACUUUAA